CUAGACUGUUAUCUCUUUUUCUGUAUUGUUUCUUUCAAUUCUAUCUUGCCAAUGCUCUUUCAUUUAUGCUUGUUUUAUUUAGGUUCAGUACACUCAGCUUUUUCUUUGUGCUAUUUUCUAGAUUAAACGUUGUGUGCCAUUUUAUCAGAUAUUACAGAUUGCAGCUAUUGGUAUAGUGUAGUGAACAUUGAUUUCAUUGAAAGAUUAGUAUAAGUCUUUGUUUAGCUAAAAGAAAUUUGGGGAUUAUAGUCCUUUGCAGGAUUUUUCCAUUGUUUAUGUUUAAAAAAUCCUGUAGUGGCUCUUGGGAUUUAAGUUUAUUGGUUUGAACCUAAUUAUUAAUUGACGUGCUUAUUCAAAAGGGUUCAGGUUAAAACUGAGCUUUAUGCUUGUGGUGUAUCUGACCUUGUCCUUGGGCAAAUCAAGGCUGGAACAGGCUUUAGAGUUGGUAAUCUCCCUGUUAGGUACCUUGGUGUACCCUUGGUUACCAGGAAGCUUACUAGUAAAGAUUGUACUGCUUUGGUAACUAAAAUUAAGGAAAAAUUGAGUAAAUGGGCCAAUAAGAGGCUGAGCUUUGGGGGUAGAUUGCAACUCAUUAAAUCUGUUCUAUUUAGUAUUUUUAGCUAUUGGAGUAGACAUCUUAUCUUGCCUAAGGGAGUCAUAAGGGAUGUUGAGAAAUUGUGCAUGAGGUUCUUUUUGAAAGGGAGUGAUUCCUCAGCUAGAGGGGCUCGGGUGAGCUGGAAACAGAUAUGCUUAUUAAAAUCUGAGGGAGGCUUGGGUUUAAGGAGCUUGACAGAUUGGAGCAAAGCAUGUUGCUUACUGCUGAUUAAGAAGAUUUUGGCGGGGGCUCACCUUAGCUGGAUCUUAGCUAAAAUGUUUAAGCUGAGGAGUGAAGCUAGCAGUCUGUUCUGUUCUAUUAGUAGCUGGUCUCAAGUUAAUGCUCGGUGGAUUUGGGAUAAUAUUCGCUGUAGAGGUGAGAAGAUCUGGUUUUGAGUCUCGUGAUCACAUUUUUUCUGAUUGUGCCUAUGCUGUGGGAGUUUGGCAUGCCAUCUUGCAUGCUUGUGCACUUAAUCUGGGGCCUUUAUGCUGGAAUGACCUUGUCUGCUGGUUGCUGCUGAACCUUAAAGGGAAGUCUCUAUUGGUUCAUAUCCUUAAGCUGGCCUGGUCUGGGUUCAUUUAUUUCAUCUGGGAGGAGCGUAACCACGGGCUAUU